UCAGAAAAGCAAUAGCAAAUAACAUUACUUCAUAAAAAAAAUUUGAAAUAACAGUUUAGUAACGUAAAUGUUGUGAGGUCGACAGCAUCUGAAAAUAGAAAAAUAAUGGCUACAUUCACUUUUCGAGGGCUGAUGGCUCCAGUGUUCACCGCCUUUAAUAAGGAUUGGUCAGUGGAUGUAUCAGAAGUACCAAAAUACGCAAAAUUCUUAUACGAUAAUGGGAUAUCAGCCGUUUUAGCUCUUGGUUCAACUGGAGAAGGUCCCUUACUUUCCGUAGCAGAACGAAAAGCCGUUACAGAAGCAUGGGUAGCUGCAGGAAAAUCAACAAAGCAACAUGUAAUGGUCCAAGUAGGAGGUUGCGCCUUACCGGACGUUCUGGAAUUGGCUAAACACGCCGAACAAAUAGGAGCUGACUCUCUUCUUUGUCUACCUGACUUGUACUUUAAGCCGAAAACCCCUCAAGACUUGAUUGAUUAUCUUAAAAAUGUUGCUGCUGCCGCACCGAACACACCAUUACUUUACUAUCAUAUACCUAUGUGGAGUGCUGUCGAUAUUAACAUGGAGCAGUUUCUGAAUCUUUCUGUAGGACAAAUUCCUACUUUUCAUGGGAUUAAAUAUACCUCGAAUGAUUUGACUGAAGCUUACAACGCUUUGAAAGCUGCAGGGGGUAGAUAUGCUGUAUUUUUAGGAGCAGACACAUUAGUACAACCAGCUUUAGCGCUAGGAUUUGAUUCGAUUAUUGCAACCUCGUUGAAUUUCAUGCCGAGGCACCAUGUGAAAAUAGCUCAAUUUUUAAAAAACAAUCAGGUAGAAGAAGCAAGAAAACUGCAGGAUGAAAUUACUGCUACCUGUAAAGUGAUUGCAAAAUAUGGUCACUGGGUGCCCACAAUGAAGGUUGCGAUGAACUAUUUGACACACCUGAAUGUUGGACUGGCCAGAGCUCCUUUGAAAAAUUUGAACGAAGCAGAUGCUAAGGAAAUGCAAUCACUCGUUAAGCAACAUUAUACCGCCCAAUAAUCGAUUUUUGUAUAUUUUUGAGCCUUUUUGUUUAAAUAAAUUCUGUUAAUCAAUUGAAAUAUUCGUAUUUAGAAACAUAAUUCAAUAAACAUAUGAAAAAAACGAAAUUGUAGUCACCAUCUUCAGUCGGCCACAAUAAAAUUCUUUAUAAAAACUUUUUAGUUCGUGUUUAUCAGGUAAUUAAAGCUUUUAAAUUUA